AUGCCGCCGCCGUGCCCCCGCGGGGACCUGCCCGGGGCCGCCUUCUUCCUCCUCCUCCUCCUCCUCCUCCUCCCGCUGCUCUGCGCGCCCCCCGAUAUCUCAAGGGGAAAUAAGCUUAAACUGAUGCUUCAGAAACGAGAAGCUCCUGUUGCCACGAAGCCCGAGGUGUCAGUGAAAGAAAAGGCGGCCAAAGAGUUCCUGAGCAGCCUGAGACGCCAGAGGCGCCAGCUGUGGGACCGCAGCCAGCCCGACGUGCAGCAGUGGUACCAGCAGUUCCUGUACCUGGGAUUCGACGAGGCGAAAUUUGAGGAUGACAUGUCCUACUGGACAAACUUAGGGCGUGCUCGGAAUGAAUACUAUGGCGGAUACUACCAACACCACUACGAUGAAGAUUCACCAAUUGGCCCACGCAAUCCCCACACCUUCAGGCAUGGAGCAGGUGUCAAUUAUGAUGAUUACUAA